GAUUGGGGUACGGGUCCUGUAAACCCCGCAGCGAAUGCAAUAUUUAAUAUUUUUUUAAAUAGAAACCUCGUUUAAAUAAAAUAUUCACAAUUUUAAAAAAAAAUCUCUAUAUAUAUAUAUAGCCGGGAAACGUGCAUUUGUUCCGUCCCGAAUUUAGUAUCCUUCCUAGCGGUUCUAGCGAACGUUACGUCUUUCCUGAAAACAAGCGCACGGUGACCGCUCAGAAUACGUCUGUUCAGUCGUACAUAUUUGCCAGCUUGCACUUGCAGCUCGCUCAAUAUUAAGCUACCUGCGAUACUUCAGAUAUCUGAUAGCCGUAGAUUGUGAUGUCGGACUCUGUGGGUGACGGGAAGUUGGAGGUGAAACAGGCCAGUAAAGAAGUCAAAGAGAGCGAGAAUGUAGCGGAAAAAUAUUCGGCAAUGACAGUGAGCAAGAACAGCGAUGUGAACGUUGGUGAACUAUCCGCAGCGUUCACCGCGGUCCCUACACACAAAUCUGUCAAGAAGCAGAUCCAGUUUGCGAACCAGGAGGAGAAGCAGGAGUUCAGCAAGUUCCCUACCAAGGCGGGGCGUCGUUCCCUCUCCCGCUCCAUCUCCCAGUCCUCCACCGACAGCUACAGCUCAGGUACGCCACCGCGCACCGCCCGCAAGCCCACAGCGGCCUCGUACACGGACAGCUCGGACGACGAGACCUCGCCUCGAGACAGGACGCAGCUCAACUCCAAAGGCGCGAGCGACUUCUGCGUGAAGAACGUCAAGCAGGCAGAGUUCGGCCGGCGCGAGAUCGAGAUCGCAGAGCAGGACAUGUCCGCACUGAUCUCUCUCAGGAAGAGAGCACAGGGAGAGAAGCCGCUCGCCGGAGCCAAAAUCGUGGGGUGCACCCACAUCACCGCCCAGACUGCAGUGCUGAUUGAGACUCUAGUUGCUCUGGGUGCUGAGUGCCGAUGGACUGCCUGCAAUAUCUACUCCACUCAGAAUGAAGUAGCUGCUGCACUGUCAGAGAGUGGGGUUGCUGUGUUUGCCUGGAAGGGGGAGUCGGAGGAUGAUUUCUGGUGGUGCAUCGACCGCUGCGUUAACAAGGAGGGCUGGGAGGCCAACAUGAUCCUAGAUGAUGGGGGUGACUUGACGCACUGGGUGUAUAAGAAAUACCCCAAUGUUUUUAAGAAGAUCCGAGGAAUCGUGGAGGAGAGCGUCACUGGGGUACACAGGCUGUACCAGCUUUCCAAGGCCAGCAAGCUGACCGUCCCCGCCAUGAACGUGAACGACUCGGUCACCAAGCAGAAGUUCGACAACCUGUACUGCUGCAGAGAGUCCAUUUUGGAUGGGUUGAAGAGGACCACUGAUGUGAUGUUUGGUGGAAAGCAAGUUGUGGUUUGCGGUUAUGGAGAGGUUGGGAAGGGUUGCUGCACAGCGUUGAAGGCCCUGGGAGCCAUCGUUUGCAUCACAGAGAUCGACCCCAUCUGUGCUCUACAGGCCUGCAUGGACGGCUUCAGAGUAGUGAAACUGAACGAGGUCAUUCGCCAGGUGGACGUCAUCAUCACCUGCACAGGAAAUAAAAACGUAGUGACCAGAGACCAGCUGGACCGGAUGAAGAACGGAUGCAUCGUGUGCAAUAUGGGCCACUCCAACACGGAGAUCGAUGUGGCCAGCUUGCGGACCCCGGAGCUCACCUGGGAGAGGGUGCGGUCACAGGUGGACCACGUCAUCUGGCCCGAUGGCAAGCGGGUCGUCCUGCUGGCUGAGGGCCGCCUUCUGAACCUGAGCUGCUCCACAGUUCCUACGUUUGUCCUGUCAAUCACGGCCACAACUCAGGCCCUGGCUUUGAUCGAACUGUACAACGCGCCGGAUGGACGUUACAAACAGGACGUCUACCUGCUGCCCAAAAAGAUGGAUGAGUAUGUUGCCAGCUUGCACCUGCCCACCUUUGAUGCCCACCUGACGGAACUCUCAGACGAACAGGCCAAGUACCUGGGCCUAAACAAGAAUGGCCCAUUCAAACCCAACUACUACAGAUAUUAACGCAAAUGGACCACAGUGCCCUACAACACUACCAGAUGUACAUGAAGACUGGAACACCAUCCCUCAGAAAUUAUAAGUUUUAAAGAUGCUCCAAAAAGGAAACGCCAUUUUCGAAGGGAAAGCAGAUUUCCUGUUGAAUGUGAUUCUGUUUCAUUGUGCUUUUUAAAAUGAAGUACGAUGCCUGCCGUCCACACUCGCAUCCACGGAUAAACACCUACAGAUAGACAUACGCGUGCACAAAUACAGUGCACUACGUCCAUCCAUGCAACCUCACCACAAGAACGACAACUUGCUUCCACACAGAACGUCAGCUUAGUCAUCACAACACGUUUAUAUUUUAACACUUUUUUAAAAUUACACAUACUUAUUUUUAGAGAAAUCUGAGACACAUAGUUUAGUAAAAAAAUAAAUGACAGUAAAGGUGCCAAAUUAAAGCUAGGAAGUGGGAGGUGAUUGGGGUGGGUUUGUUUUCUGUGGUGGCUUAGCUGCUCUGAAUAAUUUUAGCGCACAAACACAUUCCAUAAGACCAUGGCUGGGUGGCCAUUUUGAAGGAAAGCUUGGAGUUUAUGAGAGUGUCCCCAUGCACUAAGUCAUGGGAUAGCUGCUAGCAUAUAGAGAAUUGCUAGACACACCUAAUAUCAUGAAAAAUAUCACAUUUAGCAUAAAAUAAUUUAUAGAAUAAUACAUAUUUAUACUGUAACGAUGUGGUUCAAAGUAAAAUAAAAGAGAAAGUGAUCAUUA